AACGUUGAUCAUCACGCCUUGCUCGCUGGCCGUCGCAGCACCUCCUCCUCUCUUUCUCUAACUACUUCCACUACAAAACAUGUUAAUACUCGAUUUACUCUCAAAACUGCCUACGGGUUUAUUAUUAUCGUCGCUCGCGCUGGCUGCGAACGCUUUGCCUGUGGGGUCCGUCGAGUUGAAGGUUCUAACGCCGGAUGACUUUGAGUCUACUGUUGCCCAGGGAGCGUGGUUCAUUGAGCAUUUCUCGCCUUAUUGUCAUCAUUGUCGAGCGUUCGCCCCGACAUGGGAGAAACUUGUAGAGCAUUACGAAGCUAUGGGUGAUCCUGGUGUACACUUGGCUCAGGUUGACUGUGCAGUUAACGGAGACUUAUGCAACCAGCAUGGCGUCAAAGGCUAUCCUCAGAUGAACAUGUACGUCAACGGAGAGAUGGUCGACAAAUUCAAAGGUGUCCGCGACUGGGACUCGCUCACAUCAUUCAUCGAAAACCACGCUGUCCAUACUUCUACUCCCGCUGAAGAGGUAGAGCUCUCAGGCAAACCCAUAUCGGAACAGCAAAAACAACAAACCCCCACCAUCCACACCGACAAGCUCAAGCCCAAUCCAGAGGGUAUGGUCAAAGCCCUCGGCCCCACAAACUUCGACGCAACACUCAACUCCGGACCCGUAUUCAUCAAGUUCUUCGCACCCUGGUGUGGUCACUGCAAGAAACUCGCACCCACCUGGACCGAGCUCGCAGCGCACAUGCGGAAUCAGCUAACUAUAGCUGAGGUGAAUUGCGAGAUUUUUAAGGAUUUGUGUAAGACGCAGGGUAUACAGGGAUUUCCUUCUUUGUUUUAUUAUUCUGGUGGGAGUGGGCCUGGGAUGCAUAAGGCGGAGUAUACGGGUGGGAGGAAGUUUGAUCAGUUGAAGAGGUUUGCUGAGACGGCUGUUGCUUCGUCCGUGGUGGAAGUGAAAACGGAAGCAGACUACGAGCACUACGUGGAAGAGUCUCCGGUGUUAUACUUAUUCCUUCAUGCACCUGGUGACACACAAGCCUUGAGCCGUCUAGCACAAACCUCCCAUAUCCUCCUCGGCUCACCCAAAAUCCUCACCUCCUCAUCCCCCGAACUCCGACACAAAUUCUCCAUCCCACCAGCGUACACCUCCACACCCGUCCUUCUCUCCAUAAAAGAUAAUAUCCCACACGCAUACACCUCACUCUUCUCAUUCUCCCCUGCCCCUCCCUCACCAUCCACAGCGAAAGUCCAUCGAGAGUCGUUACAAGAGUGGUUAUUGCUUCAUCGCUUGCCGAGUGCGUUGGAGUUGAACCAGGAGACGUUCCAGGAUGUGAUGAGUGCGGCUAGUAAGCCGUUGGUUGUUAUUGCUGCUUUCUCGCCUGGGGGAGGUGAGGGUCAUGCGGAGGAGAAGAUGAAGAGUGCUGCAAGGGAGUGGAGGAACUUGAUUGAUCGUGAGAAAAGUGGUGGAGGGAGUGGAGGAAUGGGAUUGUGGAGAAAGGAGAGGGAGAGAGAGGUGGUGUUUACGUGGAUGGAUGGAGAGAAGUGGGCUAGUUGGAUGAAGAGUAUGUAUGGGAUUAAGGAUGUUAGUGUUACGGAUCCGAGGGUGGUUGUUGCUGAUCAUCAGAAAUUGGUAUACUACGAUACGAACGCGAAGGGAAGCAAGAUUGUGCUCGACGCACAAAGCGUAACGGAAGCUGUACGGGACGUCCUCUCUGGACACGUAUCGUACAAACACUCGGAGAACAUCCUUGAACGAACUGCACGGGGCCUAAACGACCUCCUGACAUCCCUCGAAACAACAAUCUACACACACCCAUACCGCGCCGCACUCGCCUUCCUAGGUUUCAUAGUGGGACUCGUGUGGUUGAUUAAGCGACUUGUGACGGAAGAUAUCCCGAGUUCGUAUGUGGAUUAUACGAGGUUGCAGAAAGAUGGGAAUCGGAUUGAUUAAUUGAAUUUUUGGAGAGUGGAAGGCAUGGAGUCGUAAUGGGAUAUGGUGUAUGGAUUUCUCAUUAUUGUAAUAGGUGUUUGGUCCUGACUUGGUGUGUUCGGUAAAGUGGUUAGGCUGAAUCAAGGAGAGGGAUUGGUCUCUUUUGUUAAUUAUGUUAUGUUAUUUUACUUUGGAUCGCUCUGUCAUCGUAUCACUAGUGCAUAAUUUUAUGACCGCUAUUACUAUUUCC